UAUACGAUAUUCGUUAUUGUUUCGUUAUUAGUAUAUUAUACUAAAUAUUAUUGUAUGUCUAUGUCGUGGUGCCGUGGAUGCGAACAACGAGAAUCGUGUAUAAUGGAAUUAAACGGCCAUAGAGUAUAUCCAACGGUGGAACGCGUUUUUACCGGUUUUUAAGCGUUUGUCGAUUACUGUUGCAUAUCAUCCGCACGCACGCCUAUGUAUACGAAUCCACGCAAGUCUAUAAUAUCACUCAAGACUGCGGUGAAGAAUUUUCAAGAUCGUCCUGCAGGAUCAUUAUACAAGAUCGACGACAUCGGUGGCUAUCCUGCCGGAUACAAUCCUAAAGUGCACGGACCGUAUGAUCCGGCCCGUUUUUACGGGACGCCCGUCACGCCGUUUUCGCAACUGAAACUGUGCGAGGUUACGGAUUGGUUGAGGUGCCGCGAUAAAUCGCCAAAAGCGAUCGCUGGAUUAUUUUCGCGCGCUUAUUGGAGAUGGUCACACCAAUAUGUACAACCGAAACGUACAACAGCUGCUCCGUUAAUUCAUAGUCUUGUCGGCAUGAUGUUAGUGUUCUACAUCAUGAACUACGGCAAAAUUAUUCGUGAACGCAAAUACAAACAUCACUAAUAAUCUAUAAUAGUUUUCAUCAUAAUGUAUUGUAUGAGUGUUUUAAACCAUCAUGUUUACCAAAUUAAUAAUAUAAAUUCUGCUGUUUAAGAGAUGUCCUGCAGUCCGCAUCAUGCGACAUGCAUUGUUUUGAACAGUAGAAUUUAUAUUAUUAUUUAAGUAAACACGAUGGUUUAAAAUACUCUUACAAUAAUUAAAAUAAAAGUACUCGUGUAAAAUGUUGUGUUUGUACUUGGAAUAAAGUUCUUUAAUAAAAAAAAAA